CCCUCUUUCUCUGUUUAUGUAUAUAUAUAUAUAUAUAUCUACAUAUCCCUAAUCCAUGAAUUUAGAACUGAUUUAUGUAAAUAUAUCUACAUAUUCUUAAUCCAUGAAUUUAGAACUGAUUUAUUUAAUUAUUUUUUGUAAUUUGUUUCUCAAAUCUUAUUUCGAUUACUGGGGAGUUUUCAUUCGUCAAUUUUUGUUUCUGUUUUUUUGUUAAAUGUAUUACUUCAUGAUAACUCAUCUACAAACUUUGUCGCCACAAUCUUAAUUGCUGCAGUUCUGAAUCAGGUUUUUUUGAAUAGCCAUAAGGCUUCGAUCGUUAUUCAAUAUGCCUAAAAUGGAUAACAGCUGUGAUUUCAUAUACUGGCUCUCACCUGACAUGUCAAUAGAGAUUCUCACACAUUUAGAUGACCCAUCUGAUCUUGUUCGUGUUUCUGCGGUUUCGAGGCUUUGGCAUCGAUUUGUCAUUGAAAAUGGCCUUUGUGGGCAGCUUUGCUUGAAAAUGUUGCCCGAAGUAUCUAAUGCUGCUAAUGUCAUAAACAACAAGAUAGAACCAUUAAAAGUCAAUGUUAAUAGUACUGUGGAGUGGGAGUGCCUCAGGAAGAGGCAUAGAGUCUAUUCAUUUUUAGCACGAGGUCUUUCUCCUGUUGUAAGAAAAGAUUGCAUAUCAGAGGCCAUUAGUGCAUCCAGUACUGACAAUUAUCCUGAAGAAAGCAUUCAGAAUACUUUAGAGCCAAGGGAUAGAAUUCAGAAUAGAGCUUCAUACUGGUCCAGUAAAGGUGAACGUGAUCCUGCUGUUCCUGAGAUAUUGCUAUAUAAGUUGAUUGCAAAACUCUCUGUUAUUACUGAAAUCCAUGUUCAGCCAUUCCAAGCAUACUUUCAGUACGGCUUCCCUAUAUAUUCGCCAAGGGCCAUUCGAUUUAGAGUGGGUCACCUCCAAAACCAAGUGGAAUUUGGGGGUGAUGUUGCUAAUAGUGCAGCAGCCAAUGCUUUUAUAUGGACAUACACUUCACCAGAAUUUCCAAUGGUCCAGGAAAAUUCCUUGCAGAAGUUUGAGCUACCUGAAGCUGCUCUUUGUAUUGGAGGAUUUCUGGCAGUUGAGCUACUGGGUAGGGUUCAGAGACAAGAAAUUGAUGGAUUGUAUUAUAUUUGUAUCUCCCAUGUCCAAGUGGUGGGUAAACCACUCUCGCCGGGUUUUGAGGUCGAAAUGGUUGAUCAUUCUGGAAAUUGCACCUUGAGGUAUUACCGCGAAAGAGAUUCUUCACUAAAAUCAAGUGAGGAGGUGGGUGAACCUUCUCGCUUUCUUUCAUUCACUGCAAGAUUAAUGAGUGCGGGUUGGGAGCGUAGAAUCUGGAACAGAAUUCUGGCUACUGGGCCAGUUGCCAGUGAUGAUGAUGAAUCAGAAGAUGAGCUUACUGCCUAGUUUUACC